UGACUGCUCGAUUGGGAACUAUCUCCUGGUUAGCCGGGAACAUCAUUACCCAAACUGUCAACUAUUGUUGCGGUUAAACGCCCCAUGGCCUGUUAACUCUCAUGAACUAUGUUUCUCUAAAGCCUGCGAGCUACAAGGGAAUGUGGUUCAUCAUAGACGGAACAGGCAUUGCUUUAUCUAUAGAUGUCCAUCAAAUGCAGCUGGCACUGACUGGGACUACAGAUGGAGAGGACGAGGUGAGUGGGGAGUUGUAUACGCUCAACCUCAUCCAUAUACUCCUAGAUGCUAUAACUCAUAUUUCAUGAGGCGAACAUGGAAUAGGUGGCAAAAUGUAAAAUCCAAUUGUUUUAUAAUGGGUACAAAUGCACCUGUUACAGAUCAACAGGCAUGCAUGAGAAUUGCGUGCGACCGGAAUGCAAAUGUUUUUGACUAUUUCCUGAAUAACAGAGGCUGUAUAGUAUACCACUGCAGGUGGAACUCCAGAACUGGUGACUAUUUUUUCAACUUUACCCAAACAGAUGAAGAAGUUGAGACCUACAGUCUCUCUCAUACGGAACAAUGUAACAUUACCUUCCCAUCAAUCCCAAUUCCAUCACCAUUCAGUUAUUCAAACUCUUGUCCGAUGACUGGGGUUUUCCCCACUGAAGACCACAAACUGUCUGAUAUCCUUUGUCUCUCUGGUUCAAACAGUUUCAUGGAAACAUCAAUGGACAAUGCAUUAAGGAGCUACAGGUGUUUGAGUAACAGUGAAGGCACAGAGUGGGGUAUGUACAACCAAAGCACUUGUUUCCCUCGAAACAACCUGAACAAUAGCAGCCCUGAUAAUAACAUUACCCGCAUGUUUUUUCUUCCCUUUCCUGGGACACCAAAUUGCAAUGGAUCACAGUUCUUCCUUACAAGGGUGAAACAGCACUGUGUCAUGUCUACAUGUGAUGCUAUAGCAAGAAGAUCUGUAGUUGACCUCAGAGAAUGUAUGAAAGAAGCAUGUACAAAUGGUGCCAAUGUCAUUAACUAUAUCAGUAACACUUCGUAUGAUUCAAGUUCUGUAUGUGAUAUGAGAGUAUGUAAUGAGAGCAGUGAAAUCACCAAUGGUGAGUAUGAAAACAUGUAUGAACUCUGGUUAGAUAAUGCUUUUAUCAAUAAUGGGUUAGGGUUUGAUGUUUAUGUAUUGUAUUAUGAUACCAACUCCUCAACAACGACGCCAACACUGAUGCCAACAACGAUGUUGACAGCAACAAAAACAACAAUCUAUCCAUCAACAACCAUACUGACCACUGAACAGACAAUGACAUCCAUGACUGACAACACUACUGAGAACAUAACAGAGAUCCCUGAAGCUUCCACUAACUCUCAAGAACACAAAGAAGUCCUGAGAUACCAGCAACAGAAUCACAAGUUGAGAAUUGCCACUAUCAUACUUGGAAUCCUACUGCUUCUUUCUCUUAUUGGAAUCGCAAUCAUCUUUAUCAUGCUGAGAUUGCGCAGAAGGAAGUUGAAUGAGCCAAAUGUGACAUUUGAAAAUGCUCCUGCAAAUUCCACCGCUGAUGACAACUGUGCAGGUAUUAAUGGUGCAGAGGGGGAGACAUCUGUCCAUAAAAGACCACAGAAACAUGAACAAAACUUUUACGAAUAUGAUGAUAUAAGCAUCAGAACAUGAAAAGGUUGUAGAAAAUGAAACCUUAAGAUUAUUGGCUUAAAAAUAAGCAUACAACUGGGAAAGAUGUCUCAUGGGAUAAAGAGUAUGAGAGGGGGCUGUUGUAGUAUAACAAAUAUGUCACCAAAUCAGAUAACAAGCUUUUAAUUAUAUAUGUGUAAUAUCAUAUUUUAUUUAUCAUGUAAAUAGAGAUUUUCCCAUAUGAGGUACAGAAUACAAGUGUUAUCCCAAGGCCAAUAUAAUAUUCUGUUCAAGGGCAGGGGGUCACUGUUGAAAAAACAACAUUUUACAAAUCUGCUUUAUAUAUCUCAAGCACGUCCAAGUAUUGGAAAUAAAUAAAAAAAAUUUGUCGAGUUGGCCGAGAGGGCUUGAGCGCCGGCACAUUCAGGCUAGGCGAUUAGGCGCCGUAACCACGAGGUUGCGAGUUAGAGACGCGUGUUCUCCUUGUGUUUAUUCAUUUAUAAAAUAUAGCUACAUGUAUUAAAUUUCACCAUAUGUGCUUUCUUAGUUUAUCAUUUGUGUGAUGGGAUAUCCAAUACAACAGUCACAUGGUUCUCCUUCCCGAUUGCAUAUUGAAAGUGAUUCAAAUUAACAUGGGCUGUAUAUGGU